GUUCUCAACAGCCGAAGUAAGAAUCAUGUCUGGACGAGGAAAAACCGGAGGAAAGGCCAGAGCGAAGGCAAAGACCCGCUCCUCCCGUGCCGGGCUCCAGUUCCCUGUCGGCCGUGUCCACAGACAUCUGAGGAAGGGUAACUAUGCCCAUCGUGUCGGAGCCGGAGCCCCCGUCUACCUGGCGGCUGUGCUGGAGUACCUGACCGCUGAGAUCCUGGAGCUGGCUGGAAACGCUGCCCGCGACAACAAGAAGACCCGUAUCAUCCCCCGUCACCUGCAGCUGGCUGUCCGCAACGACGAGGAGCUCAACAAGCUGCUGGGAGGAGUGACCAUCGCUCAGGGCGGCGUGCUGCCCAACAUCCAGGCUGUCCUGCUGCCCAAGAAGACCGAGAAGGUCGCCAAGAAGUAAAGACCCGGAAACUACUUACCACGCAAAACAAAGGCUCUUUUAAGAGCCACACACUUCUGAUUAAGAGUUAUGGUUCUCAUGAAUUCAACCACAAAACGAUCAUUAACUUAUAUAAACUGCAUAAACAAUCAACAGAUUGAUAGUUGUAAACUACUUGCAGACUUUACUAACCUGUAAUUACGUUCAUAAGGCACAAUGACUGGGUUGUAGCCAAACGUUAACUUGCACUGUUAGUCUUAAAGUAUCCUGUGUUGUUGGAAGAGCCUGAGACCUUUCUUAUCAACAGCUAUGUUGUAGGUUUCAUGCAUUACAAUACAGGUGACAAUGCCUUUUGAAUUGGAAAAUUAAGGAAACUAUUCUCCUGCUUUUUGAAAAAGCAAAUUAUUUCACAUUAAUGGAGCCAGGAUGUGAAGUAGUCUGUGCUGUGAAGUUGAUCUAUUGUUAAAAGACAUGUAAGAUACACAGUUGGUCUGCCAAGAAGUGUUUUGUAAAUAAAUAUAAAGACAUGUUCUAAAGACAUCCCAGUUAUGAAUCUAAUGAAGGACUGCAUUGAGAAGUUUGAGAGUAGUAGGAGAGGGAGAGUGCAUAUAAAUGACAUCGCCAUCGUCCAUAACAUACAAACUAGUAAGAACAAUUUGCUUUCUGCAAUUGCAGGUAAUAAAUGCCUGAUUAAAAGGGAUGAAUUGCUUUUAGGGACUCAGUUUAUUAAUAUUUUUUUAAGCAUAACUUGUCAUCAACUCAGAAUUCAAAGUAUUCAUUAACUUAAACUCUGGUGUGAAAUGAAUAAUGUAAGAAGUCACUCAGUGAAAAUGUGGAAAGUAACAGAACAUUUCUCCAGUACUAAAGUUAAGCAGUCCAACAAUGUCCAGGUUACUUUACUUGACUAUUUCCAUGUCCAGCUACUUUUUACAUUUCAUAGGGAAAUAUUGUACUUUUUACUGUCUUUUAUUUGAUAACUUUAGUUACUUUGGAGAUUCAGAUAUAAUCAACAAAUGAAUGAUGAUUAUUAUUAUAGAUUAAGAUGAAACGUUAUUGAUUGCAGGGGGAAAGUCACAAACUACCCAGCAAAUCAAAUAUAUAGUCAUUAGAAUGAUCUCUACCUUAACCAGCUGCAACAUUUAAUUGAUUUUCACAUGAACACAUACUGUACAUAAUUAAGUAAGGAUAAUGUGCAGCAAGUCAGUCCUUAUUGCUAAAUAAACACUGACAGGGUGAGCAGGACCCCAACGCGAAGCAUCCCCCUUAUUACACUGCUACUUACUAAAUUAAUCAAUAAUGUGACAUAAAUAUUGAUUAAAAAGUGUUUUUAUUGAUUCAA